AUGGCUCAAUUUGUUACGCAUAUUCAGCCAACGUUAGUGGAGUCUUCCCAUCAUCACCUUCCUCAUCAUCACCAUAAAGAACAUCACAAGGAACACCAUAAAGAUCAUCAUAAAGAACACCACAAAGACCAUCAUAAGGAUCACCAUGGUAAAGACCAUGGUAAAGACCAUGGUAAAGAUCAUGGUAAAGAAAAAGAUCACCAUCCAUCGACUAAAAGUCCUUACAAGCCUGAUCACCACCCUCAUGAGUAUUAUCCAGGAGGACAUCACAACUUUCCUGUUCUUCCGCACGUGCCAUUUGACCACCAUCACGAAGAUCAUUACCACCAUAAUGGGGGGAGUAAGAGAGACUCAGAUCAUUACGAGCAUGGUGGGAGCCACGGAUCAAGUAAGAGAGAUUCGGGACAUUAUUUAGAUUCCCAUGGGAUUCCCCACCAAUUUGAGUUACACUUUAUAGAUUCUCAAGGCAUACAUAGAGAUUAUCAUGGACAUGCCAUCGAGGAAGAUCAUCACGGCGAGAAAGAGAAGCACCACAAGAAGAACGAUAAGUCUCCGUAUAGAGAAGAAGGGGGACGACCGACUCCACCUCAGUUUAUCGAUAUUCAGCCAAUACAUUUGGAAAACAAAUUACAUGUAAGUACCUUUAUUUAA